AUGAGCACCGUGGCCUUGGAGGCACACGGCAGCAGGGCUUCAUCAAGGGGCGCUCAGGACAAAGCUCUCCGGGCAGCGUCGGAGCGCAGCGGCUACGUGCGGACAUGCGUCCUCCCGCUGCACCGGGACGAACCGAGCCAGUCGUGGCUCAGACUCGCCGUGACAUGGACGUACCCGAGAGUGUCCUCUGCUGUCUGCGCUGCCUCGGUUCUGCUGCUCCUCACACUGGUGGCUGAGUGGGAUGCGGGCGGAAAUACUUGGUGCGGCUCUGGUUUUCAGUGCGCCGUGGAGCUGCUCUCCGCUGCGUGUCACUGCGUCUCCACGGGUUUUACUCUCCUAUGUGCCUUCUUCUGGCUCUGGCUCGCUCUGAUCCGCUGCGGGCUGCUGAUCCGGAGCGCGCUUUUCCUCCUAGCGGCGUGCCACCUCGGCGAGGCGGCGGCGCAGUCGCUCCUGCGCGGCGCUGAGGAGGAGCUGUCGUCCCCCGCCGCCACCCUGCUCGUCCUCGGCUGCGUGGGCAGCGGGGCUCUGCUGGUCGUCCGGCCGGGACAGGGAGUGUCCGUGCUCGUCUCAGUCAGCGUGAUCCGGGCCGCGUCCCUGCUGUCUCUGAGCAGAGUCCGGCCCGGCUCUAGACCCUACCUGGCCUACCUGCUGGGGCUGCUGGGGGUUCUGCUUGCGAGUUAUGCUGACCGGCUUCUGCCGGCCUCAGGGACCAGCGGGACGGGGUGCUGCGGCUCUGUGACCGGGGCGAAGGAGGAGGACAUCCCUGUCUUCAAAAGGAGACGGAGGUCCAGCUCCGCAGCGGCCUCGGAGAUGCUGGCUCACAGUCAGAGCAACAGCAAGUCCCACCGCAGGACUUCGCUGCCCUGCAUUCCGCGGGACCAGCUGUCGGGCACCAGUGUGGUGGUGGACAUCGCGGCGAUGGGAGAGGCCCACGGUUUGAUCUCGGACCUGCUGGCAGACCCCUCCCUGCCCCCCAACACCUGCAGCUCUCUGAAUGCUGUCAGCAAUCUCCUCAGCACCCAGAUCAACCUGCAGCCGCUGCAUCGCCCCCGCAUCCCCACGGACACGCACACCUUCUCUGACUCAGAGGACGGGCCAGAAAAAACGGCGCGAUUGGCCAUUCCAAAGCGUCUGAGAAGGAGUCUGCCCCCGGGACUGCUGAGGAAAAUUUCAUCAACCUGGACCACCACAACUUCAGCGACAGGGCUGCCCACCAUCGAGCCGGAGCCGCUGCACAGAGACCGCUCAGCCAGCAUCAGACACACUUCAGACAGUAGUGAUUCGUGGAACAACCCAUUGAUGAUCACCAUCUCAAAGAGCCGCUCUAUGUCUGCCUCAGGCACUUCCAAUCACCUCUACAGCAAACCACUGGGAAGACCAGGUUUCCCUCCAUCCAACAUAUCACCUCUGGGCUCUCCAUGCUCAUCCCCUCCUAUUCAGGGAACUCCUGUUUCCAGCCCUACAACAAAGACGUGUUCAGUGCAGCUUCCUGAGCCUGCAGUGCUGCAGACAGAGCAAAUACCUGGCUCUGUGGCCCCCAAGAGCCAUCACAGAGCCUUAACUCAUAGCCAGAGCGCUCCGAGCUCCACUACCAUUCACUGGCGGCCUCCACCUCUCUGCAGCAGUUGUGGCAGGCCGUUUAACAAUCGGCUCAACAAUGGCGUAGAGACUGGUAUCAAAGGAGACAGAAUACCCCACCCAGAUGAGCGUGCAGUAGCAUCUUCAGACUAUGACAGCACCUACGACAGCACCUAUGAGACCAAUCACAGUGACAGCAGCGACUUUGCACAAAAUGAGGAGGAGGGAGAAGGAGGCAAGAAGCCGCCUGAAGCAAGAGAAGGUUGCAGGGAGUAUCCAGCAGAGGUCAUCGUUCUUCACCCACUGCAGUCAUCGCCAGAGGAUAAGCCCAUCUCUGACCCAGAAGGUCCAGUAAUGCCAGGGCUGGAGCCCCUGAUGAGUCAGCUCAACAACUGGAACUUUCCCAUUUUUAGUCUUGUUGAGAAGACUCAUGGCAAGACGGGCUGCAUCCUCAGCCAGGUUUCUUUUAGGCUCUUUGAGGACACUGGUCUCUUUGAGACCUUCAGGAUUCCUGUUAAGGAGUUCAUGAACUACUUCCAUGCUUUGGAGAACGGAUACAGGGACAUACCAUAUCACAAUCGAAUCCAUGCGACUGAUGUUCUGCAAGCUGUCUGGUACCUCACCACUCAGCCUGUGCCGGGCCUGCCCACCCUGCCCACAGAGAACGGAAUACACACCGACUCUGUAAGCAGCAUUAUGUCAGGAGCAUCAGGAUUUCUGCUGUCCAAAAUGAACUCAUUGCUCGAGGAGGGCUACGGUUCCCUGGCUGGUCUGGUCCCAGCCCUGGAGCUCAUGGCCCUGUAUGUCGCUGCCGCCAUGCAUGACUACGACCACCCUGGAAGAACAAACGCCUUUCUGGUGGCUACAAGUGCACCGCAGGCUCUUCUGUACAACGACAGAUCAGUCCUGGAAAACCAUCACGCAGCUGCAGCUUGGAACCUCUUCAUGUCUCGACCCGAGUACAACUUCCUGGUCAACCUUGAACACGUGGAGUUCAAGCGAUUCCGCUUCCUUGUCAUCGAGGCUAUUCUGGCCACUGACCUCAAAAAGCACUUUGACUUCCUCGCAGAAUUUAAUGCAAAGGUGGGUGAUGAAGUAGUGUCUGGUAUUGACUGGACCAACGAGAAUGACCGAUUGUUGGUGUGCCAGAUGUGCAUCAAGCUAGCGGAUGUCAAUGGACCUCUGAAGUGUAAGGAGCUACAUCUGCAAUGGACAGAGGGGAUUGUCAAUGAAUUCUAUGAACAAGGUGAUGAAGAAUCAGCCCUGGGUCUUCCCAUCAGCCCAUUCAUGGAUCGGUCCACCCCGCAGCUCGCCAAGCUGCAGGAAUCUUUCAUCACUCACAUUGUGGGCCCUUUGUGCUCCUCCUACGACUCUGCUGCUCUCAUGCCGGGGCACUGGGUCAACCCGUCCGACCAGAUGGACCCAGACUUGGGUAAAGAGGGACAAGAUACAGAAGAGGACGACACGGUGGAUGAUGAAGCCUCGACAGGUUCUGACACCUCCCAGCAGCAAGAAGCCAAAAAGGUGCACAGACAGAAAGUGUUUUGCCAGAUCACGCAGCACCUUUUGGAAAACCAUGAAAUGUGGAAACGUGUGCUUGCUGCGGAGGCCUCAGAGGAGGCCCGGGAAGAAACGCCCAACUGCUUAGGCAACCCCUCCGAUCCGAUCACAGCGAUCCGUGAGGAGGAAGAGGAGCAAGUCAGCAAAGAGGAGGAGGAGGAGUCGGGAGACGACCUCGACGAAAGGGAAGAAGUAUCGGCUUUAGAGGAAGAGGAAAUUCUUCCACAAUCAGAAACUUCGGGAGAGGAAAAAGAAGAUCCUGAAUGAGAUCACAAACCAACUUCUACGUAAACCAGGAGUCUAACCAUUGUUUAAAAAUGUUUUGCUUUUACUUUCCUACUUUCCAAACCAAACUCUUUUUAUGGUAGCCAGCACAUCACUUUGACACAGCACUGUAGAAGAUGUUUUGGGUGAAACGUGCCUAAAUUAAACAGGGUUGGAGGACUAGGAUGUACAUUUGAGAAGAAGAGAGUUGAGCAAAAGAAGAAGACACAGAUAAAUUCCUGUUAUGGACUUUAGAUUGUUGGUCUUUAAUUUUAAGGCUAUUUUACUCUGUAUCUGGUGCCCUGUCCUAAUGCAGACCAACCACAGAUUUGUACCCAUUCAAACACACCCACCCCCCAUAAACAAGAUCAGUUAUACAGCAGAACUCAUUCCACACUUGGAACAAGGAAGAAGUUUGGCAACGACACCAGUUGCUCAAAAAGCUUUAUACUCACUCAAGGAAGACUAUAUAUGAAAAAAAAAGUUGUGUCCACAACAAACAAUGUUUGCAGUCAUCUUCUCUGUUUUUCUGUUGCUCAGACUCCACAGCAC